CCCCCCAACCCCCCCUCACCUCCUCUCUGCCUGGUGCUGGGGAGCAGGAGGAGGCUGUGCGCGCUGCUGCUUGGAUCGGUUCGUUGCGGUUUCGCCUGGGACUUUGGUGCUUUUCCUCCGGUCGGUGCGUCCUAGGACGCAGAGGGAUCGGGAACAUGGGGUCCUCGUCAUCUUCAUCAUCACUAUUGCCGCCAUCUUUCUCAGCAUUAAAAGCACAUUUUACUUUGUUUUGCAGCAUUGGGUCAGGAGGGGAGCUCCCUUGAAUGCAGUUGAAUAACUCGGGCUUUUGGCGUUAAUUUCCACUGCUGCAAAAACUUUCAUUUGCUUUCAUUUUUAAACCUGUGGGAAGAUGGAGCUGCCAAAUUUCUUUCUAACGAGCCUUGCUCUGCUGCUUCUUGGAAGGGAUCUUUUCACCAGGGCCAUGCUGAGUGACAUAGGAGACUAUGUAGGUACAGACAUUGAAAUAUCCUGGCUACCCAAUUUGGAUGAUCUAAUGAAGGGCUAUGCCCGAAACUUUCGUCCUGGGAUAGGAGGUCCUCCCGUGAACGUGGCCAUGGCGAUUGAAGUGGCCAGCAUUGAUCACAUCUCUGAAGCCAACAUGGAGUACACCAUGACCGUGUUUCUACGCCAGAGCUGGCAUGAUGACCGCCUGUCCUACAACCACACCAACAAGACGCUGGGAUUGGAUAGUCGCUUCGUGGACAAGCUUUGGCUGCCUGACACCUUCAUCGUCAAUGCCAAAUCUGCUUGGUUCCACGACGUGACGGUGGAGAACAAAUUGAUUCGUCUGCAGCCCAAUGGAGUUAUUCUGUACAGCAGCAGAAUUACCUCAACAGUGGCAUGUGACAUGGACCUGACCAAGUAUCCCAUGGACGAACAGGAGUGUAUGCUCGACCUGGAAAGCUACGGUUACUCUUCAGAGGACAUUGUUUACCACUGGUCGGAAAGUCAGAGGCACAUCCAUGGACUGGACAAACUGGAGCUCUCACAGUUCACCAUCACAGACUAUCGCUUUGUAACUGAGAUGAUGAAUUUCAAAUCUGCGGGAAGAUUUCCGCGGCUGAGCCUUCGCUUCCAGCUGAGACGUAACCGAGGAGUUUACAUCAUCCAGUCAUACAUGCCUUCCAUAUUACUGGUGGCCAUGUCCUGGGUGUCCUUUUGGAUUAGUCAGUCAGCAGUCCCCGCUCGUGUGUCCUUAGGCAUCACGACCGUCCUCACCAUGACCACCCUGAUGGUGAGUGCCCGCUCGUCUCUGCCUCGUGCAUCAGCUAUCAAGGCGCUGGAUGUCUACUUCUGGAUCUGCUACGUGUUCGUGUUCGCCGCGCUAAUUGAGUAUGCCUUCGCUCAUUACAAUGCCGACUACAGACUGAAAGAGAAGGCCAAGGUGAAGGCUAACAAGCUCGGCUCCGAGGCCAUAGUAAAGAACGGCAAACAGGCCAUGGUUCUGUUUUCCUUGUCCGUCACCGGCAUGAACCAGGGCGUGGUCAUUUCCAAUCGCCACAGCCGAGCCCAGCGUUCCAGCAGUGAGAUCCCAGGGGAGGGCGUCUCUGAAGAGUCCGAGUCCAGGAGGAGGUCCAUGAGAGAGAGUGAGGAAGAGGAGAAGAAAUGCUGUUCCAAGUGCGUCUGCAAGCCCAUCGACGCCGACACAAUCGACAUAUAUGCCAGGGCCGUGUUCCCGUUCACGUUUGCCGUGGUCAAUGUAAUCUACUGGGUGGCAUACACUAUGUAAACAUGUAAAUGCCAUCCAAUAAUCCGAUACAAUUGACGGUCUUAUGCAGCACGGUGGGAAAUAUACAAAAAUGGCAUGAUGAGAGGAAAUGAAACAAAGUAUCCUAGCCUGUCAAAAUGGAAAACGAGAUCCUUAAGGAAAGCUGUGAGCUUCCGAAAGCAGGCAUUAGACCUUCAAAAGGGACUCGGUGAGCCAUAAGUGAGAUAGAGAGCGACGCCACAACUUUAACAGCUUCCUCACCCUGCAGUAGUGACCACACGUCCUUCCAACACAACUAUUCGCAGUCAGGAGUGAGACGCGUGUUGUCAUGUGACGCCACUCAAACAAGUAUGACAAGAUGCUGUCAACCAUGAUGAUGAUGAUGACGAUGUGUUCCUAUUAUUCUGCAUGGCUGAUAACUCUUUCACCUAAUUGCCAUUGUGGCCUUACCGGCCUCAUCCCUGUUCUGGUCCACUACCUGUUUUUUUUUUUUCAAAUCAUUUUUCAUUUUGGACACUGUCGAGAGUGUCUUAUCUCCUUUUUCCACUUUUGCCUGGUCCCUCGCCAUUAAAUGACUUCUUCCACCA